GGAGCAGAGGAAACAUGUGCGGGAGGCAGCGGGGAUGGGAAUAGGCAGCAGGCGAACUGGAUUAUCCGACCCCCGUCUGCUCCGACCCCACUCUCACAUGCACCGGCCCCCGGGCUGAGCCGGACUCAAGAUCCUUUCUCUUGUGGUGGAGUCUGUUCUUCUUUAUUCCCACUGGCUGAUCGGGAAUCCCAAGAAGCGCGACCAACUGCACCAGGAGCAAAGGUCUGUACCUGUGAUCGGCUCACUUGUUCUGAGAGGCUGCUACGAGCUCCAGCCAUGAACGCAAUAGUGUUCAACAAGCUCAGCGGCCAAGUCCUCUUUGAGGAAUCAGCUAACGAUCGGGAGAGGGGAGUCCGACCCUACCUGGGAGUAAUGGAGAGUCCAAAUCCUGAUGUGGGGUUACAGGAUGGAGUUUCCAUAAAGGACAAUGCGAGUCUCCGACACCGGCGCCCUGGAAGCUCCAGGGGCAGCGGUAAAGUUCGACACAAGCGCCAGGCUCUGCAAGAUAUGGCACGUCCGCUCAAGCAGUGGCUCUACAAACACAGAGAUAACCCCUACCCCACCAAGACCGAGAAAAUUCUGCUGGCCCUUGGGUCUCAGAUGACUCUGGUACAGGUUUCAAACUGGUUUGCAAAUGCAAGACGACGCCUUAAAAAUACUGUGAGACAACCAGACCUGAGCUGGGCUUUACGGAUAAAAUUGUAUAAUAAAUAUGUCCAAGGGAAUGCUGAACGGUUAAGUGUGAGCAGUGAAGACUCCUGUUCUGAAGAUGGGGAACAUGUCCCAAGAAGCCACAAUAAUGAAGAAGCCUAUGACAAGCCUAUGCACCAUACUGUGAUUACCAAAGAAAGCUCGGUCAUCAAAUCGGGUGUAAGAGCAGAGUCAAGUGCCAGUGAAGAUUAUGUUUCCCCUCCAAAAUACAAGAGCAGUUUGCUGCAUCGCUAUCUCAAUGACUCUUUGCGACACGUCAUGGCCAGUAAUGCAGCAAUGAGAGAAAAAACGAGACAGAGGAACCACUCAGGGUCAUUUAGCUCCAAUGAGUUUGAAGAAGAGCUUGUAUCCCCAUCAUCUUCAGAAACUGAAGGCAACUUUGUUUACCGAACAGAUAUGUUGGAGUCUGCCGCAAAUAAAUGCCAAAGUAUCCCUUUAAAAAACACCUCUUCCUCUGGCACGGAAGGCAGGGCUGUAUUCACCGAGGGAGGUCUCUGCAGUCAAAUUUGGAGGAUCAGACCUGCUGCAAUUCUUUCAUGUGCAGGACAGGGUGCAACGUACACAAAACAUGUGCAGUUAAUAAAGAAGGAGCCAGCAAAGAUGAAACGUACUGGAGGGAGAUUAAUGCAGCCAUGGCCUUAACGAACCUUGCCCAAGGGAAAGAUAAACUGCAGGGAACGACCAGCUGCAUCAUUCAGAAAUCCUCGCAUAUAUCGGAAGUGAAGACUGUUAAAGUGGCGCUGCUUCAGAAAUACUAACCUGAGGUUUUUCAGACUUGCCUAUAAACCGGCGACGGAACCCUCAGGAGUUUGUCCCAGUCCUCUGAAGCCUGUUCUGCUUUGGAACGAUGAAUAUUCUGGUUGCUAAACAUCAAGAUCUACAAAGUCUUGGACUCAGAUACCGGACGCUGCCGGACAUGUACAUUUUAAUGCCGUAUCCGUUUUUUUUUUGUUUUUUUAAAGGAACAAAUAACUUAUUUUAUCUGUCAGCACAAAUAUUCAGCUGAUAAGUAAGAAUUGCUUCUGCCAUAUGUGCCUUGCCGAUAAAAAAUAAGCUACAACGUGGGCAUGAGAUACAAUAGUUAUGCCUUAAUUUAUGAAUGCCAUAAAGCUUUUUAUAUUUUAUCUGGAGUUAAAUCUGCUCGGACUGCAAACAAGUUGAUAUUUGCAGCUGAUUGGAAAGUGCAUGAGAUAUCAUGUUGCCAUUUGAACCAGUCAGUAUAUUGUACAGUAUUUUGGACGUUUCCGUUUUUGGUUUUCCAAUCAAGGGUUUCAUUCAUAAAUUGAUGA